AUGUCCACCAUCAGAUCUUCAAGUCCACCAUUGGAUCUUCACAUCCUCCACCAGAUCUACACGUGCACCAUAAGAUCUACAUGUCCACCACCAGAUCUUCAUGUCCUCCACCAGGUCUACACAUACACCAUAAGAUCUACACGUCCACCACCAGAUCUUCAUGUCCUCCACCAGGUCUACAUGUUCACCAUAAGAUCUACGUGUCCACCACCAGAUGUACAUGUCCUCUACCCGAUCUACUCGUGCAACCACCAUGUCUACACGUGCUGCCACUGGAUCCACACACCCACCACAUGCGUCACCAUCCCCAUGCAUCCACCAGACCCACAUGUGCAGGGACCACAUGUCCCUACUGUCCUAGUGCACGCGUGGGAGAUCUCGGACCAGCUGCUGCAGAUCCGCCAGGAUGUGGAAUCGUGCUACUUCGCGGCGCAGACCAUGAAGAUGAAGAUUCAGACGUCGUUCUACGAACUCCCCACGGACUCGCACGCCUCGCUGCGCGACUCCCUGCUCUCCCACAUCCAGAACUUGAAGGACCUCUCGCCCGUCAUCGUCACCCAGCUGGCUCUAGCAAUAGCAGACCUUGCCCUGCAAAUGGCCUCUUGGAAAGGCUGCGUACAGACACUGGUUGAAAAGUACAGCAACGAUGUCACCUCGCUGCCCUUCCUGCUGGAGAUCCUCACGGUGCUGCCCGAGGAGGUGCACAGCCGAUCCCUGCGCAUCGGAGCCAACCGCCGCACGGAAAUCAUAGAGGAUCUGGCCUAUUACUCCAGCACAGUCAUCUCCCUACUGAUGACGUGCGUGGAGAAAGCGGGCAACGAUGAGAAGAUGCUCAUCAAAAUCUUCCGGUGCUUGGGGAGCUGGUUCAACCUCGGCGUCCUGGAUAGCACCUUCAUGGCCAACAGCAAGUUACUGUCCCUGCUCUUCGAGGUGCUGCAACAAGACAAGACCUCGUCCAACCUGCACGAGGCGGCCUCGGACUGCGUGUGCUCGGCGCUCUACGCCAUCGAGAACGUGGAGACCAACCUGCCCCUGGCCCUGCAGCUUUUCCAGGGCGUCCUCACCCUCGAGACCGCCUACCACAUGGCCGUGGCCCGCGAGGACUUGGACAAGGUGCUCAACUACUGCCGCGUUUUCACGGAGCUCUGCGAGACCUUCCUGGAUAAGAUCGUGUGCACGCCGGGCCAGGGCCUGGGCGACCUGCGCACGCUGGAGCUGCUGCUCAUCUGCGCCGGCCACCCGCAGUACGAGGUGGUGGAAAUUUCCUUCAACUUCUGGUACCGCCUCGGGGAGCACCUGUACAAGACGGACGACGCCGUCAUCCACAGCAUCUUCAAGGCCUACAUCCAGCGGCUGCUGCACGCGCUGGCCCGCCACUGCCAGCUCGACGCCGACCACGAGGGCGUCCCGGAGGAGACCGACGACUUCGGGGAGUUCCGCAUGCGCGUCUCCGACCUGGUCAAAGACCUCAUCUUCCUGGUGGGAUCGGUGGAGUGUUUCGCUCAGCUUUACGCGACUCUGAAGGACGGGAACCCGCCGUGGGAGGUGACGGAAGCCGUGCUCUUCAUCAUGGCCUCCAUAGCCAAGAGCGUGGACCAGGAGAACAACCCGACGCUGGUGGAGGUGCUGGAAGGAGUGGUGCGGCUGCCCGAGACGGUGCACACGGCCGUGCGCUACACCAGCAUCGAGCUGGUGGGCGAGAUGAGCGAGGUGGUGGACAGGAACCCCCAGUUCCUAGACCCCGUGCUGGGCUACCUGAUGAAGGGGCUGUGCGACCGGCGGCUCGCCUCGGCCGCCGCCAAGGCCAUCCACAACAUCUGCUCCGUGUGCCGCGACCACAUGGCGCAGCACUUCCACGGGCUGCUCGACAUCGCCCGCUCCCUCGACUCCUUCACGCUCUCGCCCGAGGCCGCCGUGGGGCUCCUCAAAGGGACGGCGCUGGUCCUCGCCCGGCUGCCGCUGGAGAAGAUCGCCGAGUGUCUCAGCGAGCUCUGCGCCGUCCAGGUCCUGGCGCUGAAGAAGCUGCUGUCGCAGGAGCCGAGCAACGGGCUCUCCGCGGACCCCACGGUGCCCCUCGACCGCCUCGCCGUCAUCUUCAGACACACGAACCCCAUCGUGGAGAACGGGCAGAUCCACCCGUGCCAAAAAGUGAUCCAGGAGAUCUGGCCCGUGCUCUCGGAGACGCUCAACAAGCACAGCGCCGACAACCGCAUCGUGGAGCGCUGCUGCCGCUGCCUGCGCUUCGCCGUGCGCUGCGUGGGCAAGGGCUCGGCCGCGCUGCUGCAGCCGCUCGUCACGCAGAUGGUGAGCGUGUACCGGGCGCACCAGCACUCCUGCUUCCUCUACCUGGGCAGCAUCCUGGUGGACGAGUACGGCAUGGAGGGCGGCUGCCGGCAGGGCCUGCUCGACAUGCUGCAGGCUCUCUGCAUCCCCACCUUCCAGCUGCUGGAGCAGCCCAGCGGCCUCCAGAACCACCCCGACACCGUCGACGACCUCUUCCGCCUGGCGACCAGGUUCAUCCAGCGCAGCCCCGUGACGCUGCUGCGCAGCCAGGUGAUGAUCCCCAUCCUGCAAUGGGCCAUCGCGGCCACCACGCUCGACCACCGCGACGCCAACUGCAGCGUCAUGAAGUUCCUGCGCGACCUCAUCCACACCGGCGUGGCCAACGACCACGAGGAGGACUUCGAGGUGCGCAAGGAGCUCAUCGGGCAGGUGAUGAACCAGCUGGGGCAGCAGCUCGUGAGCCAGCUGCUGCACACGUGCUGCUUCUGCCUGCCGCCCUACACGCUGCCCGACGUGGCCGAGGUGCUCUGGGAGAUCAUGCAGAUCGACCGGCCGACCUUCUGCCGCUGGCUGGAGAACUCGCUCAAGGGGCUGCCCAAGGAGACCACGGGCGGCGCCAUCCAGGUGACGCACAAGCAGCUCACGGACUUCCACAAGCAGGUCACGAGCGCCGAGGAGUGCAAGCAGGUGUGCUGGGCGCUGCGCGACUUCACCCGCCUCUUCCGAUAGUGGGGCGCCAGGUAAGAGCCCGCGCGGCG